CAAUGUGGGAGGAGGGGUCCGGCGUCUGGGGCGGGGAUGGACUCCACGGCCCUGGGCGAGACCAAGAGACCUGGGCGUGGCCAGCCAGCCAGAGGGCGGGGCCUCAGCUGUCCCCUAAGUAGGCGGCGCUCCGCUUUGCGCGGUGGCAGCUCAACUCUGGCUAGCGUGGAGAUCUGCAGGAGCCUACCUUCACCCCCACUCUUGGGGUCACUGCCACUCUGGCAGGCCAGGUUCAGAUGGGCUUUGUCAUGUGCCCACUGCCCGUUCCUUCCUUAACUGAAGGCUGAUGCCUCAAAAUCUGGAGAAGAGCCAGGCCUACCCCCGCCAACGCCCUGGGCGCGACACAGGCCUGAAAAGUCCUGAGGCUGCCUCAGCCACAGCCAUGUACACCUUCCUGCCUGACAACUUCUCGUCUGUAAAGCCCAAAGCAUCAUCAAAAGAGUCGAAACCGCUGCUGGGCUCGGUAGUGCUGGGGCUGCUGCUGGUGUUGGCCGCGGUGGUAGCCUGGUGCUUCUACAGCGCCUCUCUGCGCAAGGCUGAGCGUCUGCGCGCGGAGCAGCUGGACCUUAACCUUGGAGGUUUCUCCAUCCGCAACCAGAAGGGCGAGCAGGUCUUCCGCCUGGCCUUCCGCUCCGGUGCCCUGGACCUCGACUCCUGCAGCCGCGAUGGCGCCCUGCUGGGCUGCUCCCGCACGGCGGAUGGGCGCCCGCUACACUUCUUCAUCCAGACCGUGCGGCCCAAGGACACGGUCAUGUGCUACCGCGUGCGCUGGGAGGAGGAGGAGCCGGGGCUCGCCGUGGAGCACGCCAUGUUCCUGGGGGACGAGACGGCGCACUGGUACGGCGGCGCGGAGAUGAGGACCCAGCAUUGGCCCAUCCGGCUGGAAGGCCAGCAGGAGCCGCAGCCCUUCGUCACCAGCGACGUCUACUCCUCCGACGCCGCCUUCGGAGGCAUCCUCGAGCGCUACUGGCUCUCCUCGCGCGCGGCUGCCAUCAAGGUCAACGACUCAGUGCCCUUCCACCUGGGCUGGAACGGGACGGAGCGCUCGCUGCGGCUACAGGCGCGCUACAGCAACACGCCCUUCAAGCCACCGGCCGGCCUCCCCGCCGCGCUCGAGCUCAGCUACCGUGUGUGUGUCGGCUCAGACAUCACCUCCAUCCACAAGUACAUGGUCCGGCGCUAUUUCAAUAAGCCGUCGAAGGUGCCCGCACCCGAGACCUUCCGGGACCCCAUCUGGUCCACGUGGGUGCUGUACGGGCGGGAGGUGGACCAGGACAAGGUGCAGCGUUUCGCCCAGCAGAUCCGGCAGCACCGCUUCAACAGCAGCCACCUGGAAAUCGACGACAUGUACACACCUGCUUACGGGGACUUCGACUUCGACGAGGUCAAGUUCCCCAACGCCAGCGACAUGUUCCGCCGCCUGCGCGACGCUGGAUUUCAGGUCACGCUCUGGGUGCACCCGUUCGUCAACUACAAUUCCUCGUCCUUCGGCGAGGGCGUGGAGCGAGAGCUGUUCGUGCGCGAGCCCACCGGCCGGCUGCCGGCGCUCGUGCGCUGGUGGAACGGCAUCGGCGCGGUGCUGGACUUCACGCGCCCCGAGGCCCGCGACUGGUUCCAGGGGCACCUGCGGCGGUUGCGCUCGCACUACGAGGUCGCCUCCUUCAAGUUUGACGCGGGCGAAGUCAGCUAUCUGCCGCGGGACUUCAGCACCUACAGGCCGCUGCCGGACCCCAACAUCUGGAGCCGGCGCUACACGGAGAUGGCGCUUCCCUUCUUCUCCCUGGCCGAGGUCCGCGUGGGCUACCAGUCGCAGAACAUCUCCUGCUUCUUCCGCCUGGUGGACCGCGACUCCGUGUGGGGCUACGACCUGGGGCUGCGCUCGCUCAUCCCGGCCGUGCUCACCGUCAGCAUGCUGGGCUACCCGUUCAUCCUGCCGGACAUGGUGGGUGGCAACGUGGUGCCGGAGCGCACCGCGGGCGGCGGCAAGGUGCCGGACCGCGAGCUCUACGUGCGCUGGCUGGAGGUGGCCGCGUUCAUGCCCGCCAUGCAGUUUUCGGUCCCCCCCUGGCAGUACGACGCGGAAGUGGUGGCCAUCGCGCACAAGUUCACCGCCCUGAGGGCCUCGCUCGUGGCACCGCUCCUGCUGGAGCUGGCAGGGGAGGUCACGGACACUGGCGACCCCAUUGUGCGCCCCCUCUGGUGGAUCGCGCCGGGCGACGAGACAGCUCACCGCAUCGACUCGCAGUUCCUCAUCGGGGACACCCUGCUGGUGGCACCAGUGUUGGAGCCUGGCAAGCAAGAACGUGACGUCUACCUGCCCGCGGGCAAAUGGCGCAGCUAUAAGGGUGAGCUUUUUGACAAGACCCCAGUGCUGCUCACCGAUUACCCCGUCGACCUGGAUGAGAUAGCCUACUUCAUCUGGGCGUCCUGACCCAGCCCGGAGCCCGGGAACCGCACAGCUCUAACCCGCCUUCCUGCAGGCCUUUCACCCUCCGUCACAACCACCCCGUGGAUCCCCAGGAAGUCCCUACCUCUGUACCACCCUCUACCUGGGUGCUAACAUAAAUGUGUUCCACCCGCUCCUGCAGGGCCAGCGGAGGGCGCGGAAGCAGCCUCCCACUCCUACGCACAACCUAACAAGCCCCUUUCCUCCACUCACCCUUGUCUACAGAAACCUUUCUCUGGGGUGGGGGUGUGUGAGCUCCGGGGGAAAAGGUCAGCUCCUGUUACACAUGGUUGGAUUUUAAAAGCACAAAAGAAAAACCUCACUCUCCAUUCUGGCCUGAGUAGCCAUCUUAUCCUUCCGAAGUGGGGACUUGAUCCUCCUUCAGGUCCCAAAAUAGCCCCCGGCCACACUAAGAAAGGGCAUAUUCUUGGAGUUGGAAGCCAGGCCCUGAGUUCUCAGCCCUGGCCUCAACUGUGACUGACCUGGUCCCACCCCAGCUGCCGGGAAGAGAUGGGGGUACUUGGCCAACUGGAGGGCUUGAACCAGCGCAGCGUUAUCAUCGUUGUCCCUCAUUUGUGAAGAGACUCCUAACACUGCACUAACCAUCUGUGUACACACGUGCACUCAGCCUUGUGUACACAUAUGUGCUCAGCACAAAGACUUGCAAGACCACGCAGGCCAGACUUGGUGCCUUACCCCAAGACCCUGUGUGUGUGUGUGUGUGUGUGUGAGAGAGAGAGAGAGAGAGAGAGAGAGAGAGAGAGAGAGAGAGAGAGGCGGGGGUGGGGGGGGGAGGCAUCAUGUGUCAUCCCUGGAUCUGCAGAAUGAACACAACACCCCUGAAGCUGGGUAACCCUGGAGGUAGGGGGCAGGGAGCAAAUUUGAGGCUUUGAUUGUUGACUUGGCCUCUUCCCAGGCAAUGUCCCUGGAACUCUGGUAGGAAAUAAACAGCCCCUUCAUGAUUGCUCAGCUGCCUCACUCCCUGCACAGGUGGCAGGGGUGUGGCCUAAAUGGAAGGGAAGUCUUUUUUUUUUUUUUAAUAUAUUUUAUUGAUUUUCUACAGAGAGGAAGGGAGAGGGAUAGAGAGUUAGAAACAUCGAUGAGAGAGAAACAUCGAUCAGCUGCCUCCUGCACACCUCCCACUGGGGAUGUGCCCGCAACCAAGGUACAUGCCCUUGGCCGAAAUCGAACCUGGGACCCUUCAGUCCACAGGCCGACACUCUAUCCACUGAGCCAAACGGGUUAGGGCAGGAAGGGAUAGUCUUAUUCUGGUGGCGGUGCGCUGCAUUCAGCACACGCACCACACGUGCACAUCUCUGCCGGCAAAUACACAUACAGGGUAAGGUCUUUCAUUUCAGCCAUUUUUCCGUUCUAAGAAGAUCAAUCUCAGCCAGAGCAUUUUUUUUUCUGACUUCACAGCUAAGUCUGGAGAAGUUGUUUGCCAGAGCCCGGAGGUGGGAAACAGGGCAGGGCUCAGCCUCCAUCUACAGGUUGGACAGCAGAACCAGUCCCUCAGCCCCUAGAGAAUACAUCUCUUUGCCCGGCCCUCCACCCCUCUAUUUUCUCAGUGUGAAGAAUGCCUAAUACAAUUUUUAGGGAACUCACAGGUGCCUAUCUAUCUCCCGUGCUGACUCUACCACUCUUCAACAAGCUGUGUGACCUUGAGCAAGCUGCUUAACCUCUCUGAGCCUCAUUUUCCUCAUAUGUAAAAUGGUGAUAAUAAUGUCCAACUCCCAGGUUGUUGUGGGAAUUAUAAGCACAGAUGUAUGUAAAGUGCCUGGCACAAGUAGGUGCUCAAUAAAAGGUAGCUAUUACAA